AAACUUUAUAGGAGUGUAGUUGAGAUCAAGAUGAAGGCUGAGGACUCCUAAUAAUCAGUGUUGGGGAGUAAAUUCCAUGUAAUGGGAUAACAUUGCCUAAUUAAAUUACAAAAUAAAUGUAAUUGUAAUCUGUUACAAUUACUGAGAAAGAAUGUGUUAUGAAAUCACAGACACUAAUUAAAAUGUUAGAUCAGAAUAUAUUGUUUUCAGUAAAAUGUUGAUAUGUAGAAUCUAAAACUGAGCAGGAACUCCCGUUGGUGUACAUGUGGGUCAGCAGGUGACAGGUGUGAGAUCUCACACUCUUCAUUCAGCAAUGUGUUUUCAUUAGAUAUUCAACACCAACAGAUGGUUCACAGUGGUACUGAAAAGUAAUCAAAAAGUAAUCAAAUGUAAUAAAUACAUUACUUUGAUGAAGUAAUUAAACGUUACAUUAUUCAUUACAUUUUAAUCUGUAACCUAUUCCAUUUCAAAAGCAACCUUCCCAACCCUGGGCUCAGGUGUACAGCUGCUUAAAGGCAAAUAAGCUUCUGUUAUCUGUUACCUGUGAUGGUACUGAAUACUGAGCUGACCUGCAGUCAGUCUCAUACUGUCACCCUGACAGACCACAACGAGCUGCUUUGUUCCAGAGGCUCUGUGACUCUACAGGUCUGUGCUGCUGCCUACAGAGGACACUGUGGUACUUCCUGUGAGGUGUGAGGUGGAUAAGCGCUCUGUCUCUCUCUCUCUCUCCCUCCCUCCCUCUCUCUCUCUCUCUCUCUCUCUCUCUCUCUCUGCGUCUCCUUCCAUGCUCCUUCACUUCCACCCCAACCGGCUCCGGUCUCCGGUCUUAAGACAGCGUCUCCACCAUGAACGUACCCCGUUCAUAGAGAAGGCUUGUUCUGCUUUGUGGUUCGUGGUUUCCUCUGCCGGUGGAUUAAGAGCGGUGCGGUGUGAUCUGGGUCACCGGGGCCCGUGUAGGAUAAGGAUCUGUCUCCGAAGCCCGGUGUGUAAUCCAUCAUGGAUCUGGUUUUCAUAACAGCCUAAGUGUCGUCCUACAGCUGUGAGAGGACCCCCGGUUUAUUAGGGCAACAUUAGAAACAGCUGGGACAUGGAAGGUCACGGAGCGGAUUUGAGCCAGCGGCCCGACGAGGAGCUGCUGAUGCUGGGGAAGGAAGAUCUGAUCCGGAGACUGAGGAGGCUGGAGAGCCGCAACAUGGCCCUGAUGCUGGAGCACGGGAACAUGAUGAAAGACGUGAACCGGAGACUGCAGGUCCACCUCCACGAGAUCCGGAGUCUGAAAGAGGUCAACCAGAAACUGCAGGACGACAACCAGGAGCUGAGAGAGCUGUGCUGCUUCCUGGACGACGACCGGCAGAAGGGGAAGAAGGUGUCCCGGGAGUGGCAGCGGUUCGGCCGCUACACGGCCGGCGUCCUGUGGAAAGACGUCGGACUUUACCAACAGAAGCUGACGGAGCUGGAGGCCGGUCAGGAAGCGCUGAGGACGGAGAACACGGAGCUGAAGGAGAUCGUCCUGAUGCUGGAUGAGGAGAGGAGCGGAGCCGGCUCCCGGAGCUCCAUCGACAGCCAGUCCAGCAGCCUGAGCAACCUGAACGGCUCGGUGUCGGCUCGGGACGUGGGGGAUGGUAGUAGCACAUCCAGUACUGGGAGCGUCGGUAGUCCUGACCACCACUCCCACAACCACUUCCACAAAGCACCCGAGGGAAAGACAGCACCUCAGAGGAGGUCUAUGCAUGACCUGUCCGCCGACCACUUCCAGCGAGGAGCCGACGCAUCAGCCAGCUACAUCAGACAGCUGGAGAACAAGGUGAGGACACUCGAGGAUGAAAACAAGCAGCUGCUAUCACAGGCUAAUGGAUGGGACAUAACAACUCUGAGGAAGGGUUUGUCUCUCUGUCAUUCAGACACUCAGCACUCACAGGACAACAUGCACAAUGUGCUGGAUGUCCAUGAGAGGCUGGCCAGGCAGAGCUCACAGGAGUAUGAUGAAGACCUCAGUGAGAACGAGAAGGUCAUUGUCAGAGACAUGUGCAACGUGGUUUGGAGGAAGCUGGGUGAUGCUGCUGGCUCCAGUUCAAAGGGCCCUCUUAGUUGUCAAACACCAGGUGAAGCCACCAAUGUUCCCAGCAGACCUACAAUCCCAGUUUGGACUGGAAGCUUUUAAACUCAGUGUUUUCUCUUGGCUGAUGAAUUACAGCGUCCUCAGUCUGAAUUAAACUGACGGAUGUACGUCUCAGUUCUACCGGGACAUAGUCCUGAAAUGCCAACAAACCACCAAUCUUGGAUCUGGAUCUCACACAUAGACUAUAAACGCCGGGUUUGGGUUUACCAUCAUCUUCGAAAACAGAAAAGGUACAGCAGAAGAGGUACAACACGUGGCAAUCACCACAGCUGUGAAAGCACAGUUAGAAUUGACAAAGUCUAUGAAGGAUUGAAGCUUACCUCAUCAUAACCUGUCUGAGACUUGGGUCACAAACUUCACAUGUUGAUGAGCCUGUUGAAAUACGACUGCUACUUGCAAGUUAUCUUAUGAACACAAAAUCAUCAAAAGUCUAUUUAUCUUCCUCUUUUAAUGUUAAUACAGAAACAGUAGAAGUAUACAAGCAUGCACUAACACUGCUCUUGACUCUUGACUCUAUAACUUAUCAUUUCUGUAUUUAUUAAUACUCAGUCACGAUCAGACCACAACUCCUACACAUGAAGCUGUGAAAAUGAGAAAUGUCACACUCACUGUGUUGCACACGAAUGAACCGAAUUCUCGACCAUAGUCAGUGUCUCUAUUCCGUCGGCAUUGGUUUCACUUCUUGGGAGACAUGGCUGUGCUGUCUUACCCACAGUGAGACUGAUAUCAACUUCACAGAGACAGGACAUCGUUAGUUCAGCACAGCCCCCAUCAAACUGUAUUAUUUAUAUGGUGUAUCUUGUUAGCUAAUAAGCUAGAGCUCCCGGUGUUACUGCCAAGUACCUUUAACAUGGCAAUUUCCUGAGUCUCUCAGUGUGUGUGGAUAAGACAGCUUACAAUUGUUCAGGUGAAUGAACGCUGCAGUUCCAAUAAUUUAAUUCCUGCCAUGGCCAUUUUAGGUUAGUAGUCUGUGAUGUCCUGUGAGCGAAUGUCAAAAAUAUGGCUGUACAAUUUAUGAAAUGUGGACUGUGCAGGUGCCUACAUGUCCUUGUACCAUGGGACUCCUGCAGUGAAGGAAACCACUGUAAUCAUGAGCUGGCACACUGACAUGCUCUGCCUAUGAUUCAUGUUCUUCAUUCAUACGUUCAUACAUUCUGCCUGUUCGUCUUCUCCGCCAGUUUGGUAGGCUACCACUUUACAAUGAGACUACCCUUAUAAAACAUUUAUGAAUGGUCUAUAAGUAGUUUAUUAAUUAGCUUGUUAACACUUUAUAAAUCAUUUAUAAGCUGUUAUAACACAAGAUAGAAAGUGCAACAGUGACCAAUUGCUUGCCAAAUAGUGAGCCCACAUGUAUCUGUACUGUACAGCCUCAUAUCUCAUUAGUGAGCUUUCUUUGUUUUCUCAACCAUCCAGCAUUUGCACCUGCUGCUUCAUCACAUGUUUCCUAAAUUUCUAGCAAUGAACCACCAUCAGGAUCUUAAUGGUCAGAAAGUUUGAUUUGGCGGAUCAAAUUAUGGCAGAUCACAUGAUCAUAUCAAGUGACCAGAUUCAUCCUCUAAGGCCUCGGUAUUGUUGUUUACCUUGACAUGUUCUCAGCAGCCGUCCUCAUUCUAAUCACAGCUGUUGAUCAGCUUGUUGUGCACAGUGGAUACUAACAUGGAGAUGCUUUCUGCUGGUUGGUCUCUUCUUUAGGACUUUAGCAUUCCAGGUAGAACACAGGUAAUAACCUUCCUUUACUUGUUGAACUGCUCACCCAUUCUUCGUCCCACUGUUCACAUCUCUGUGGCCUGUUGUUCACUGAGCUGAACCCCCCCCCAUUUGUCUUCAUUGUUAAAGACACAGUGUGUGUGCCAAACUGGUGUGUUGCAGCUAGAUAGUCCUGUCCUUGGUGAGAAAGUGCAGACAACCAACUAUGAAGAAAUUACUUCCCACAGAAUAUCCAAUUUAACUGUUAAGGCUUUUAUUCCCCCUUCAAAGGGUUAUACAUGGACAUGUGAAAUGGUAUAAGACAUAACAUAACACAUGUUUUAUCAGUCAGUGGUGGACAGUGUACUGUUUUAUGCUGCAGUCUGCUGGGUCAGCAGCAUGUCCGAUAUGAACACAAAGAGACUGGACAAGCUGGUAAAAAAGGCUGGGUCUGUGCUUGGCAGGAGUCUGGACUCACUCAGGACUGUUGUGGAGAGACACAUGCAAUGUAAGAUGGAGGCCAUCUUGGACAAUACCAACCAUCCUCUCCACAACAUUCUUGCAGGACAGAGAAGCAGCUACAGCUGCAGCAAACGUCUCAUCUCACUGCGCUGCAGAACAGAGAGGUUCAGGAGAUCCUUUGUUCCCACUGCCAUCAGGCUAUACAACACCUCAGCCAAAGGAAGUGGACUAAUCUAAUUAUUAUUGUAUAUUUAUUAUUAACUGUUUUUAUUAUUUUUUUUUUUAUCAACAAUGAGCUAAUGGACACAUGAAUUUCCCCUAGGGGAUAAAUAAAGUAUCUAUCAAUCUAUCUAUCUAUCUAUCUAUCUAUCUAUCUAUCUAUCUAUCUAUCUAUCUAUCUAUCUAUCUAUCUAUCUAUCUAUCUAUCUAUCUAUCUAUAACAUUUUAUAAGAAUAGGGAAUUGGUUCUGGAAUACAGGUACAUACAAUACAUAAAAUACAAUACAAUACUACAACUAAUGAUCUAUGUCUAUGUCCACAUAACCAUAAAAGACUGCAUGUCAAACACACAGGUAUUGAGAACACACAAGUAUAGUACUGCACAUGACCACAUUACUGGAUCAGGCUGCCUCAUGGUCUUCAGUGCUAGCUUGAACGAUUAGCUUCACAGGAUUCAGCUUUAACAGUGCAACAGAAAUGUAAUCUCUGGGGCAUCAUCAUACAAUAAUUCCACUCAAACAAGAACAAUAACAGGUGUUAGGUGCCAACUUACAUUAUUCUGUAUGCACACACAUGUCCACAAUAAUACAUCGCUUUCAGUUCGUAUCCCACAGUCUGUUCAGUGUGGCUCCAUCAGCACUAACAUGGCCAUACAAAUAAGGGGAAAAAUGGGUUAGUCUUUUACUGCCACUGCAGAGACAGGAGGUUUUAUACAUUCAUGUUUAAACAAACUUUUAUUUAUCAGUUACAAACAUUUAUAACUGGUAAAAGGGAGCCUUGUUGUAAAAUGUGAAACACAGCAUAAUUUACUAAGGAGUUACUAUAAGGCUGCCUUUUACCAGUUAUAAAUGGUAGUAACUCAUUAUUAACAUUAAUGAGUAGUUGAUAGAUAGAUAGAUAGAUAGAUAGAUAGAUAGAUAGAUAGAUAGAUAGAUAGAUAGAUAGAUAGAUAGAUAGAUAGAUAGAUAGAUAGAUUGGUAGAUAGAUAGAUAGAUAGAUAGAUAGAUAGAUAGAUAGAUAGAUAGAUAGAUAGAUAGAUAGAUAGAUAGAUAGAUAGAUAGAUAGAUAGAUAGAUAGAUAGAUAGAUAGAUAGAUAGAUAGAUACUUAAUUUAUGCCCUGGGGGAAACUCAGGAGCAAUUAAUAAGCAUUAACUUGAUCUUGGGAAAUAGUGAGCCUUCAACAAUGUAUGAAAAUUGUGUUAUAAUUAGUUUAUAAUUGUUUAUUUAUGAUUUAUAAAGUGCUAACAAGCAAUUUAAUAACCUAAUUUUAAACCAUUCAUAAAUCCUUUAUAAGAGUAGGCCUAGUCUUAUUGUAAAAUGGUACUGGCAGUUUACACUAUUACCUCAAUGUAACACACACUUGUCAGAUUGAAAUGUUCAAGCCAACUUUUAUAUUUUUCCAGGAUGAUGUGCACAGUCAUGUAUUAUAAUACAUUUGAGAGUCAUUGAGAUAUUCAUACAUUAAUAUAAUAUGAUAUGAUAUAAUUCAUACAGUCUGAAACAAGUUGUUUUAUUUUCAAGCAGACUAAAAGAAAGUACAGACUUACCGACUUGUUCAGUCCUUAUAAAUUUGUAAACUGAGGGUUAGUUGUUUGUUGAAAACCCUUAAUCCACAAAACUGCUGACUGCUGACUCUGUUGAAAGCAUAACGUUGUGUUUGAAGAAUAUUGUGACAUUCAAAUAUA